AUGGCACCCAACGGAACCUCCGAAAUCACAGCCCUUUCUCAGCUGAUCGCCUCAGCAGUGCAGGAUAUUGUGAACGAGUACACUAAAGCAGGACAUACAGUACCCUCUUUGCAUUCGACCGAGCAAGGGCCCUUUGAUGCCCCGCAUCUGGUUUCGGAGACACUUUCUAAGGCUGUUCAGAUUGUCGAGGCGGCAUGCGCACAGUUAACCUUUACUGUGACAAACCCCGGGCAUACGAUGACCAACAAAGCAUACGCGUACGAGGAGCCGGCAUGUUUACUUGUAGUAACAAAUGCAAAGAUUGCGGAUUUAUUGUUAGGGAAACCUGAAGGUUUGCAUGUCAAUGAUCUGGCGAGCGCCUCUGGGCUGGAUUCCGGUAAACUGGGUCGUAUACUACGGCUUCUGGCUACAAAACAUGUUUUCGACGAAGUCAAACCGGAUAUUUUCUCCAAUAACCGUUUGAGUAUGCAACUCGUCUCUAACAACCCAGUGUCUAGCUUGGUCGGCACAAUGACAGACGAAUGUUUCAAAGCUGGUGCAUAUCUGGCCGAUACACUCGGAGACCCUAAAGCAGGCCACUCAACAUCAGCCGAUGAUUCUCCCUUUCAACGUGUGCACGGCGUCUCCUUUUUUGGCUUCUACAAAACUCCGAUUGGGAAGAAAGUCAACGAUCGAUUUGCGCAGACUAUGGUUGGAUGGGGUGAGGUCACUGGGAAAUCUAUGCUGCCUAUAGUGUAUGAUUGGGAAAAUGUACCUCAAGACACGGUUAUUUGCGAUGUUGGUGGAGGCAACGGUCAUGCCACUCUUGGCCUCAUAAAGAAAUUUCCGAAAAUCAAGGUUGUACUGCAAGACUUGCCCGCCGUGAUACAACAAGGAAAGGAUCAUUGGGCGACAGAGUGCCCGGAGGCAAUCGAGAACCAGCGCAUUCGAUUUGAAGAGCUUGACUUCUUUUCUGGUCAACCAGUUUCUAACUGUGAUCUGUACUAUCGUUGGUCUACAGAUGAAUUCGUUAUUGAACACGCAGUGAGGGAUUCUAGUGCAAAGACAGAGGCAAAAGAUGAGGCGCCGGAACCCCUUUUGGCGAACUACGGGGUUUCUCGAAUCCGGAAAUACAACCAAGACUUGAAUAUGAUGAUUUUGCAUAACGCACAGGAGCGUACACUGCAAGAAUUUAUCACUCUUGGGGUCCAUUCAGGAUUCAAGUUUGAGAAAUUAUGGGAUUCGGGGGAGGCAGGGUUGAUUGAAUUUAUCCCUGUGUGA